GGCCUUUCCAAGUCAUUGUGCAGACUGGUGCAUGAGUGGUGGGGUAAAGGUGAGCGAUUUUAUUGCUAACCUAGAUUCCACUCCCUGUUCUUGGAAUUGGGAAGUUACGGGGGCGUGCAUGAUCGUUGUUGACAUUUGCUCAGAGCCCUAGAUCGGGCUGAGAUGGUGCAAACGUUGCAGUGAAACUUGCAAAGCGAGCACUGCUCUCGGCAGAGUUUGGUGGCCGUGGGCAGUACACGUUGCAGAGUCGACGCUGCCAGACUUGCUGAUUUUUCUCCAGCAGUUUGUUGUUUCACCUCUCACACACAGACUGUUUUUGGACCGAGUGAAAAAACCGAAUUAAAAGAGAAAUUUCCGGGGCGAUUAAACAAAACAAAGGGCUUUCGGCUGGGAUUUGAGUUUUCAGGGUAUGAUGGGAACCGUUUGAUCGUUUGGCGAGCAGACUCGAUUGGCCGAAUAGUCUACUUCUGCUCCCAAAGUCCUUUGGUUUGAGUGUGAGAUUACAGGCGGUGUCCUGUGUGUAACGAGUGGGGAACAGACAUUGGUUCUGGUCUAACCCUAUGCUGCCAGACCUGCUGAAUUUUUCCAGCAUUCUCUGUGCUUGUUUCACAUUCAACAUUCCCUGAUCUUAUACACUGCCUGUACCAAAUCUGCCUGGUUCAUAGGAGAGACAACUGGAAAACGGAGCUGUGUUUGAUUAAACCGAGAAAAAACAUUAAAUAAUCAAGAUUUCUGUAAGCCCUAUCAUCCUUGGCACUGGGUGGACAAUGGCUUGCUCUGCCUGGUUGAUUUUUGUCUUGUUCCUCCUCUCCUGUGAUGACAGCCUGAUGACGUGCUUCCCAGGAUGUCACUGUGAAGUGGAAAGUUUUGGAAUGUUUAGUAGCUUCAGUCUGACUAAAGUUGACUGCAGUGGUGUUGGGCCUCAGCUCACUGGUAUCCCCAUACCAUUGGAUACCUCUUACCUGGACUUAUCUUCUAACCACCUGAAGACCAUCUCCCCCUCGAUGUUUACAGGACCCGGCUACACAACAUUGGUGAGUCUCGAUCUUAGCCACAACGAGAUUAUUGGCAUGCCUUCCAACACCUUCUCUAAACUGAGAUACCUUGAGACACUUAACCUAAGUCAUAAUUCCCUGGAGGUGCUCGAAGAGGGUAUAUUUUCAAACCUGCCUCUUGGAGAAAUUGACCUCAGUAAUAACAAACUGCAUGACAUCAAUUUGGACAUUUUCACAUCCAGGGGACAUGGAAAGCCCCUAAGCGUAGACCUUUCAGACAAUCGAAUAACCACUCUUGUCCGAAGUCUGGAUAAAAGUGUUCCGAAUAUUUAUAGCCUGGAUUUGUCAGGAAAUAAAUUGGAGUCAGUGCCAACACGUUACCUUUCCAAUGUUCCACUACGCUAUCUUGAUCUGGGUCACAACAUCAUCUCCAGUAUCACUGAGAAUGCUUUCAUAGGAUUGCAGGAACUGACCCACUUAUCGCUACGCAAUCUUCCUGGACUGAAGGAACUACCUCCCAGUAGUUUUAAGGGGCUACAGAAUUUGCAGAUCUUAGACUUGUCACACUGUGUGAACUUGAAAUUCGUAAAUGUAGCUGUGUUUGAAGGCUUGAACUCCCUGCAGGAGCUCUACCUAGAAAAGUCGGGAGUUGCAGCAUUGUCGAGUAACAUUUUGAACUAUCUGCCUUCCAUUAAAAGAAUCUCUGUUGGAACCAGUUUACUGAGAUGUGGGAAGACAGCAAAAGAAGGCUCAUUCCAUCGGCAGUUUGGCUUUGUUCGGAAGGAACAGACACUGCAUUGCUUAGAUAUUAGUGGAUCUUCAGACACUGAGUAUAUCUUAAAAUUGAAAUAAGCCAAAUCUGAACAGCAGUGAAUGACGGGCCUUUAUUUUUGAUAACUCUGUCCUUCUCUUUGAAUGAGACAAUAAGUGCCUUCAUUUACUAACCUUCCUAUUUCCAAAAAUCUUUUUAAGAGCCCCUGCCUUUAAAAGUUUCACUUUCUUGUACAAACUUGCAUGUGUGGAAUUUUUGAAUGUGUGGAUGCGAGUUGGCUCCCUGUUUUUUUUAGUUUCAGCAUUCGGUUGCGGGGGUGGGGGGGGUGCGGGUGAAGCAUUCAGAGGAAAAUACACAGCAGUCUUCAACAAACACAAAAGGCUGUAUGAAUGUGCCGAGCCUAAUCUGACUUUCUAAACAACCAUCUGUCUGAUCAAGCAAUGCCGUAGGUGUACCUUGCAGUUUGCACAAUAUCGUAACUGUGGGUGAGAUUUGGAAUUUCCAAGUUGUGAUGGUGGAGUGGUGAUCUCUUUCUUGCUUUCUAGUCUGUGCCAUAUUUUCAUCCAACAGCAUAACAGUAUUCUCUUCUGGAAUAGAGUUUUUAAUAUUUCAGCCUGUCACUUAAACAGAUUAACUGUGCUACUUUUGACAUAAACUGUUUGUGAUGAGCUGCUGAUUCCACAUGCUCAGCUUUAUUUUUCACCCAACCCCCCCCCCGCCAAUUUUUCUUUGUUUUAAAUAAAUUCAGAAUUUACAUGUGUAAUUACCUACCUCCACGUGGAUAUUAUAAGAUUCAGUAUGUGGCUCAGUAAUAAAACUGGGGCAUCCGAUCACUUUAUAUUGUACUAAUAUAAACUUGUUAGUUCAAUGUCUUCCACUUUUGUAUUGUCAAAUCUGAUUAUUGAUUUUUUUUCUCUCAAUAUCUGAUCAAAAAUUGUGACACUGUGUUCUGACUCUGGUAUUUCAUAUCAUUUGCCAUUCAUUGAGAAGACAGCAUGGAUUGUUAGUGUGAGCAUUUUUUGGGCUAUUUGGCUGUGAGCGAGAAUUGCAGCUGAACUUGAUCCCUUCUUCAACUAAUUCACGAUAUCUCCUUUCUGGUGUGAUGUGUUGUUUAGCUGUGGGAGACAUCACAGUGGAGCUUGAUCCCGUCCUCAGUCGGCAUUCCAGUGGUCAGAGACAGGAAGCAGGAAUCAUGACCGCUUUCAUCUCCUGUUAACAUUGGCUUGUGUAGUGUCCAAAGACAGUGCAAAUUCGAGCAGUUGACCUUAAUUCAGCAAGCGGGCUGAUGUAUCUUAUACUUUUAACAGCUGAGCCAAUCGGGAUAGUGUAGAAGUUUCUUUUUCUCCUCUCACCCCAGCACUCACCUGCUGAUAGCUGGCUUCCCAGAACGUCUGUGCUGCGCACUUAGCCCAUUAGUGAUGCACAGCUGUAGGUCUUGGCUCUGAUACAGGGUUACUCUUAACCAAGGCCAGCCAUUUGGAAAUGAUGAACUGAGCAGGGUCUUUUUGAUUUACCCAAGCCAAGCUGCAACAGUCUUGCCUCAAGAAAAACAAAGAUAAACAGUGAGUUCAUGGAAGCAGCACAUUUUAACAUCCCAGCUGGGGGCUGUCCAAUUCCAACAUUAUCCCAUGAGAUAUGAAAUCAGAUUUUUAAAAAGAGACCUGUGUCAUUUAGAAUUUUAGCAAUACGCAUUUUGACAUGUGACUUAUUUGCUUUAUCCUUCUUGAAUUGUUGACACUCAGUGAUACAGUUAAAGUUUUAAUUGUUCUGGUUGUAGUUUAUUUCUGUGGAGAGUAUGUAACACGAGGUGUAACACUAAAGUGAGCCACACUUGUUAUUUGAAGUAGCGAUUUGUGUUCGAGUUCCAUCCCAGAGACUCGAACUAGAUCUUAGCUGACAUUUCAGUGUUGCUUCAUUGGAGGCACCAUCUUUCUGAUGAAACCUCAGCAAGAUCCUCACUCUGACAGAAAGUGUAAGAGAACCCAUGUACUAUUUGGAAGAGGGAGUGGUGCAGGAGAGGCAUACUCGCUGUCACAUAUAGCUCACUUAAAUGCUUUGACUAAGUUUUUUUGUUUUGCUUCAAAACAGAUUUUUCGUCAUGUUAGAUCCAUUUGAAAUUAUGGGUUUCUGCUCUAUGACUGAGACUGUAAUCCAGACUAGACUUGAUGAAAAGCUUAUUUUCACACACAUGGUUCUGCAACACAGAUCUGCUUCUUAAGGCAUUGAUAUAUCGCCAUUCCUGGUGGAACGAAGUGUAUGGAGUCAAGAGUAUAAGUAAUUACACUUCAUGUCCAGCUGAUGUAUCUGACCCUGCUUUGAGUUAAUAUUGAAUGCUUAAACACAUGAAAACAAAACUUCAAAACACUACAAUUUUUUACACCCUCCCCACCCCGCCCCACCACCACUUUUCAGUGUUUUUGCUUCACAGUGCUUUAUAAAAUUAUUGAAAAACAAUUUGGUAAUUCCACAUCAUACCACACAAUUGAACUUUUGGAUGUAGGGAUGCUGAUUACACGCUGCACACUUUGACAAUAAAAAAGGUUCGGUCUUAUUCAUUAAAUUAUAGGAGCCAUCUGUCUGCUGAACAUAGUGUCUCUGUCUAGCUUGCUGCUGAUCUCCUAGGAAGUUUCAUUUGAAGCAUGGCUUAUAGAAGAGAACGCUUUUUGUGCACAAAGGCACACUAUCAAGGAUGGCAGAUGAAUGGUAGGUACUUGGCUGCCUGCCAGACGAGGUCUGGGUACAAGGAAUCCAUACUUUCAGGAAUGAAGUUUAAAUAAGAGGAGGGGAAAAUGACACUUGCCUUUUGAGAGUGCUGGUAGAGUUACACAUUUUUUAAAAGCUGGCUCUUUUUAUAAUUGUUAAUGACAUGCUUUCAUGGAUGUAUGUAAUGAUUUAUGAACACUAAUGUUGCCUUUGCAUUCCUGUGGUACACAGAUGGACAAUGUGACAAUCAAAUCAAUGCUGGGACGACAAUAAAAGCUUCAUGCACUUGCAAACGGCCACAUGACACUACUAUCUGGGAAUUGCUGGGAUCUGUGUUUCUCAGCAUAAAUUUCACAAUGUUGUCUCGUGGCCAUUUUUAUGGCUUGUCUUGGUUGUAAUUCGAAUUCUGCUAUUAAACAUUGAUGAAAUAAAUGAACAGCAACUCUAUCAAA